UGUCACUUCUGUCACAACAAAAAUGGCGAACCGCACGGUGAAAGACGCGAAGUCAAUACGAGGGACAAAUCCUCAAUAUUUAAUAGAAAAGAUCAUCAGAUCACGUAUUUACGACUCUAAAUAUUGGAAAGAAGAAUGUUUCGCUUUAACUGCAGAAUUAUUAGUCGACAAAGCUAUGGAACUCCGUUACGUUGGCGGCGUGCAUGGAGGUUUCAUCUAUCCGACUCCGUUUUUGUGUUUAGUUUUGAAAAUGCUUCAGAUCCAGCCUGAAAAGGACAUAGUAGUGGAGUUUAUAAAGAACGAGGAAUUCAAAUAUGUGCGUGCUUUGGGGGCGUUUUACAUGAGACUCACAGGGUCAUCAGUAGACUGUUACAAGUAUUUGGAACCUCUUUACAAUGAUAACAGGAAGCUUAGGAGGCAAAAUCGCGAAGGACAGUUUGAAAUAGUCCAUGUAGAUGAGUUUAUAGACGAACUUCUUCGUGAAGAACGUUUGUGUGAUGUAAUUUUACCAAGAAUACAGAAGCGUCACUUUCUUGAGGAGAAUAAUGAGUUGGAACCCAAAGUCUCGGCCCUGGACGACGAUUUGGACGAAGAUAUGCCGUCUGAUGAGGAAAAUGUUGACACAGAAGUGAAAGAAGUUAAGAAGGAGAAGGAAGUUGGACGAAGAGGUGAAAGGGACAGGAGGAGAGACAGAUCAAGAGAACGCGACAGACGUGAUAAGGAGCGUAAAAGAGAAAGAUCUAGAAGCAGGGACCGUGACCGCAGAAGAGAGAGAGACCGUGAACGGGAGAGAGAGAAGGAAAGGGAGAAAGAAAGAGACAAAGAUAGGGACAAAGAUAGGUCUAGGGAACAGAGGGAAAGAGAAAGAGAUAAGGAACGAAGAGAUAGAGAUAGACACGAUGUUGACAGGAGAAGAGAUAGGGGAAGAUACUGAUAAGAAUAAAUGUUUGUAGUUUUAAUAAUAAUAUAAGAUGGUUUCAUUGCAUAA